AGAUUCUUCAGCGGACUUGGGAACGUUUUGUGGCGAUUCUGUUCCCGGACAGGUGACCUCAUCUUUCAAUAAAAUGCGCAUUACAUUCCACAGUGAUAACACAAGUGCAGCAAAAGGGUUUUUGCUCUGGUACGGUGUUGUCUCACCCAAACAAUACAGCGAAUUGCCUACUCCACAAGAUGGUGAGUAGGGCGUUUUCGUUUAAUACUUUACCUUUGCUUCAACUGUAUAAUACAAUGCAUACAUCUUUGUUAAGCUGACCCCAUCCUUAGUGGACACCCUAACUUAACCGGACUCAAGCACCAAUAAUCACCGUACUGCCCACCCAUAUUUCCUGUAAAAAGAACCUCAGUUCAACAGAUGGUUCCCAUUAGGUCACGUAGACUUCAUGUUGCCCUCUGCAUCCAAACUUGAAAGUUCCAAUAAAGAUUAACAGUAGGACUUAACAUAUCGUUUUAUCUCAUAGAGCAAACACAGAUGACACAAUAUCAAAGAAAGACCAAUCGCCCGUUGUCACCAACCACAGCAUAUCUGGAAAGUCGAAGUACCGCAUCUACUAUCGGCGUCAUGACCUCUUUACGUAGUCACGUUAUUUUGUUGGCUGUUUUAACUCGAUUUCCUCUGUUUAUGUGAAUGAGUUUUAAACUGACAUUUUUCUGAGACAAAUUAGAGUAUUUCACCAAAUCUUUUACGAAAACUGUUCUUUGUGACUGAUGGACUAUCAGAACCAAAAAAGCAUCGCCUGCCAUGCACGUUCAUACCUGUCCUCCAUGUACCGACGUUGAAGAUAUAUUCAGCUGUUGGUGUUCAAGUCCCCUGUUACAAGGCCAAGAUGCCCAAAGAGAUCUUAGCAAAUUUAAUGCAAGCGCCAAAGAAAGACUUACGUACCAAAACUAAUAUUGUUUGUUUUGUGCUUUUGAGAGUGUUUUAACUUUUUAGGAUAAACUAACUUUAUUCAACUUUAAUUAAUCCAGAGAUUUUUGAUAAGAAAGCUUGUCCAACACUUUACCCAGGCUUGCACUGAUGAGUCCAC